CUCAACUCACAGAUGUCGCGCACGUUGAAAAUAAAAAUGGCAACCCUAGUGUCAAAUUUUGGGGUGCGCUCCGCAAAUUGCUGAUUAAUCGCGGAUUUCUGCAUCGAAGAACCUAAAACUGGCCCUGCCCCAAAGGCUGGCUAGUGAAUUAUUUGUGGGAUAGAUGAGCUCGGCCCUCGUCAUGGAGAACAGGAAUUGGGACCCAGCAUUAUCAAGUUUGCUGGUCACCCUUGAAGAAUCUCGUGAUGACCUUCCGUGCACCGAGGAGUUUGCCUUCCUGAGUGAGCUGCUGCAGAAGCCGGAGCUGCACUCCCUCGUGCACAUCCACAACAAGGUGUUGGCCAGCACCAACAGCAGGGACGGCCGUUUCAUUCCCGUCGUCAACAGCUCUGUGCAGGCGGCCCUCGAGGCGCUCGCCGACGUGCUGCCCCUGAUUGAGCAGCCCAAGAAGUCUUGGGACAGCCGGCAGAACAGCCAAGAGUUGCUCACUUUGCUCCAAACACCACAUGUACAGGGUCUGCUGUAUGCUCAUGAUUGCAUUGCACAGAAAGAUUACUAUCCUAUUCUACCUGAAGUGCCGUUCGACAUUGACGAGGAAGAGGAAACGAUAAAGAUAGUUCAACUCGUGAAGAGCAACGAACCACUGGGUGCCACGAUUAAGACGGACGAGGAAACUGGCAAGAUUGUGAUUGCGAGAAUCAUGCAUGGCGGAGCAGCGGACCGCUCCGGUUUGAUCCACGUUGGCGACGAGGUCAUCGAGGUCAACAACAUGAGCACAGAGGGAAAAACUCCGAAUGACGUCCUCCAAAUAUUGCAAAAUUCCGAAGGUACAAUCACAUUUAAACUGGUUCCUGCAGACGCCAAAGGCAACUUACGGGAGAGCAAGGUCAGGGUCCGGGCUCACUUUGACUACAGAGCUGCCACCGACCCUUACAUCCCCUGCAAAGAAGCAGGCCUGGAUUUUGAUAAAGGAGAUAUUUUACACAUUGUCAGCCAGGAUGAUGCUUAUUGGUGGCAAGCUCGAAAAGAAAAUGACCGCAACAUGCGAGCCGGUUUGAUUCCGAGCAGAGCGCUUCAAGAAAAGAGAAUCGUCCACGAGAGAUCCUCAAAAGGAAUCGAUGUUGCCAACAUUGGUCUGUGUUCUCUUUCAGUCCUGCCAGGAUGUCAGUCCCCAAAAUCCCCAAGGUGUGCCUCAAAACCCAGAACUAAAAAGAUAAUGUAUGCAACUGCAGAGAACGACGACUUUGACCGGGAAGAAAUCGCCACUUACGAAGAGGUCGCAAAACUGUACCCCAGACCGGGGCUGCAUAGGCCGGUCGUUCUUGUCGGGCCGCCUGGGAUUGGCCGCAACGAGUUGAAACGGAGACUCAUGGCCCUCGAUCCUGAAAAAUUCAAAACUACCAUACCAUUUACAACCAGACCAAUCAAACAUGGAGAAAUCAAUGGUAAAGAAUACUACUUUGUGAGUCGAGAAAAAAUGGAAGAAGAUAUUGCUGCGGGGAAAUUCCUCGAGCACGGUGAAUACAAAGGCAAUCUUUAUGGUACUUCCGCAGAUAGUGUCAAAUCUAUAAUAAAUGCUGGCUACGUUUGCAUACUGAACCCUCAUUAUCAGGCUCUCAAGAUGUUGAGAACUGCCGAGAUCAAACCGUUUGUGGUUUAUAUUAAACCACCUUCAUUCGAUGUUCUCAAAGAAACGAGACACGAAGCAUACGCCAGGUCAACGUUCGACGAAGCAAAUUCGAGAGGAUUCACGGACGAAGAAUUUGAAGAAAUCGAGCGCAGUGCAGCUAGGAUUGAAUUCCUGUACGGACAUUGGUUUGACGAAGUCAUCGAAAACGCCGACCUUUCUGUAGCCUUCGAACAAAUGGUGCGUGCAGUCCAGACGCUAGAAACAGAGCCCCUGUGGGUGCCUGCGAGCUGGGUGCAGUAGAGACUGUUGAUCUCAACCGAAUUGCAUCACUGCCACUGGAAGCAAAUCAUGGCGUGACUUUGAUCCUCCAUUAAUCCAAAGCAAGUGUCCAAGUGCUUUUUCUCUUGGCUUUAAACUAGACUGUUUUUGUUUACAACCUGUAAUCGGUUCGCUUUAAUUUUUUGUAUAGGGCUUCUUCACUUUUGAGUCUCUGGUGUAUCAGAUUGAUAAAAUGUAAAGUCCAUCCUCAAGGAGAGCAUCAAUAAUUGUGGAAAAUAAUUAAAAAGUAGUUGAAAAAAGCACCUGCCGCUGGUGCAGCAAAACAUAAAUGACCUUUAGAGCCAUGUGUGAAUAAAAAUCAGCAAAUUUAUGAAUAUAUUUUGUAAACUGGUGGUAUCAAACUUUUUUUGUUCAAUCUAUAGGAAAUUCGAAGAAAACUGUAAGAAAAUAGAUUGGAUCAAUUCCUGUAAAUUGGAUUCCGAGCACUAUGUGUUGACUCUAUUUUCCUGUUGCUAUUUUUCAAAACCUUGAGCGCUUAAAAUUUGGUGCUGUCACCAUUGAAAUUAUACCUGAAGUGUUAAGCAGAUUGAAUUUUGAAUGAGCGAGCUGUUUUCGAGUCUUAUUUCAUGUAAUCAGUAGUGUCCACAAUGCUGUUUGUCAGUUAGCAACUGUGAAAGAGCCCAUCGAUCAGCGGCGCUCAUUCCCGAUUCUGCCCCGUCUUCUGUCACUUCGAUACCAAGUGAGUAACUCUUUUUAUAAAUGAGUAGUCUUCCUGUUGAAAGAAAGAGAAACUUAUUCGCAGAAUCCAAAAAUUGUAAAAUAAUAAAUUAUAUUACUCCUAGUCCAAAUGAGCGCUAUUUAAAAAGUAUUAACCAAAGAUUUUGUGCAUUUUUUGUGUUGGACUUUUGUCUUUGGUUGCCAUUAACUGAUGAUUUACUAAACUAAAUGGACAUUCAGGAAUUAUAAUCAACUAAAAGCUUUCCCUGUAAUGAACGCGAAAAGGUAUAAAAAUAACGAUGAACAUAAAAACUCUAACGUGUAAAAAUUACCAUUUUUAUAAUCAAGUAAGACAAGCCCUAACGAUAAUUUGUUGCCUAAGUGUAUCAUAUAUUUUUGAAUUGUUAUAACAAGUCAUGUUAAUUAAUUGUAAAAUAUGUAGACCAUCUAUAUUUUAUCGACAUAAAGAGAGAGAGGAACAA